AUGGUUUAUCAAUCUGAAUUUCGCCAUGAUUCUAAUGCUAGAUUUGUCGAUGAUGCAAAUGAUUAUGAUAUCAACGAUGAAGGUGAAGUCGAGGGUAUCGUAAACCUCAAUGAAGGUUUUACCGAGGCAACUGAAUCAGAAUUAUUUGACAGAAAAGUUAAGUCUGAUGAAGAGGCUUAUGAUUUGUAUAAUAGUUAUGCAUUUAAACAUGGUUUUGGUAUACGUAAAGAUAGGUUGAAUCGUAGAGAUGACAAAGAUAGGACACCUAGGCAACGCUUUUUGGUGUGUUCUUUUGCUGGCUUUAAGCAAGAGAAGAAGCAUGGUGAACAAUCAAAAGUUUACCAAAAGAGGAAUUUCCGCACAGGUUGCAAGGCUCAUAUACAGUUUGAUAUUGAUAAGGUGUCUGGUUUGUAUGUCGUGGUCAAUCACACUAUGGUUCAUAAUCAUAGUAGGGUUCCUGUUUCAAAGAGACAUUUGAUUAGGUCUCAUAGGAAGGUUACUAAUGAACAAGUUGUGAUGAUGAGUAGCUUGACUGAGAGUAGUAUACUUGUUGCUGAUGCAGUGCGUGUUUUAAAACAUCAAGCUGGUGGAGAGGCAAAUCUUUCAUUUCUUUGUAGGGAUGCGUAUGGUGCUUUAUCCCAACAUAAGAAAAUGAUGUUUGACGGUUGUGAUGUAAAGCGCUUGCUUAGCUAUUUUAAGGAGAGGAAAUCUAGUGAGUAUGACUUUUUUUAUGACUUUGAUGUUGAUGAAAAAGGCCAUUUGCAAUCUUUCUUCUUUCGUGAUAAUAGAAUGAAGGUAGAUUAUGAUGCUUUUGGUGAUUUAUUAGUCCAUGAUACAACGUACCGUACAAACAAAUUUGUGGACCUUUUGUUGGUAUGA